AUUUCAUAUUAUCCGGUGGGUCGACUGAGCUUUUUGUUCGAUUAAUUUUUGGUCGGAGGAGAAAAUGGCGGCGGCCAUUGCUGCUUCUUCACCAAAAUGUUCUCCGUUCCGUUCGCCGGAAUUCAAUUCCAGCUUCCUUAGCGCGGCGGUGCAGUUGAAGGGUCUUUGCUUCCAAGUGAAACCCAUCAGAAGAAGCAGAGAUAGAAACGAUGUCCGUUUGGUGGUCACCGCCGCCGCCAACGGCGAGGCUAGCGGCGGAGGAAGGUUCUACUUCAACUUUACCGGAUUCCCCUUCCCCCUCGGCCCCUUUCUCAACCGCCGCACCCAAAGAUACGAGGCUGUGAAAGAUAGCAUAUGGUUAUUCGAACAAGAACAAGCACUCGGUUUCAGUAGCGUUUCCACAAACAUACGAAUGACGGUUAUCAAACUGAAAUCGGGCGGAUUGUGGGUCCACGCCCCUAUCGCUCCAACCAAAGAGUGCAUCCAGCUUGUGAAAGAAUUAGAUGCUCCGGUGGAAUAUAUAAUCCUGCCUACAUUUGCGUACGAACACAAAAUAUUCGUCGGCCCAUUUUCGAGAAAGUUUCCUCAAGCUCAAGUAUGGGUGGCGCCGCGUCAGUGGAGUUGGCCCCUAAAUUUGCCCCUCGAAUUUUUCGGUAUUUUCCGCUCCAAAACAUUGCAAGACGAAGACUUGUCGACCCCAUUUGCGGACGAAAUCGAACAGAAAGUCUUGAGCUCUCCCGAAGUUGGAAUUGGACCAUACGUUGAGGUGGCGUUUUAUCAUAAACGUACAAGGACGCUGCUUGUGACAGAUGCUGUCAUUUACGUUCCGAUGCAGCCGCCCGAAUGCAUUAGCAACGAGUCUUUGUUGGCAUCUGCAAAGAAUGGUUUGGCUGUCAGAAUUCUUAGUAAAGGAAGGGAAGUAUCCGACGAACCAGUUGUCGACAACAAAAUGAACAGACAAAAGGGAUGGGAAAGAAUGGUCCUCCAAAUCUUGUUUCUUGGCCCCUCAAAUCUGUUGGAGCCGAACGCUAGCUUUUCUCAGAUGUCGCAGAAGCUUAUUGUCUCGCCCAUUGUUAAGACUCUUGUCUUCAGCAAAGUACCUGAAAAGGUGAAAGAUUGGAUAGAUCGAAUUGCGCGGGAUUGGAAAUUCAAGAGAAUAAUCCCUGCACAUUUUGCUGCACCGAUCAACGCAAGCAGAUCCGAUUUUCUAGCAUCGUUUGCGUUUCUUGAUGAUCUUCUAGAAGAGCGCUAUAUUACACGCCCUUCGCUGUCGUUUCUAUUCACUUCCCUUCUUGGAAAAGCCGCCAGCUAUUUCCCACCAGACGAUAUGAAGACACUAUCGUCUCUCGAUCAGUUCUUGGUCUCGGUUGGAGCUGUGAAGAAGACCGUCUCGGGUCGCAACAAAUGAUUAUAAACUGCAAUUCAUCAAGUACGGCCCUUUUUUUUUUCCGGUAAAUUUUGUAGAUACGUCUAGUCUAUAUAUAUAUAUUUUUUGAAUAAAUUAAUACCGUAUAAUCAUUAAACCGAAUAGUUUGAUUAUCAAUUUGACUGUGCAAUUACAUGAAAAUGUAUUGAUGUAGAAUCUUUCGACAUUAUCUUUGUCUUCCUCGUUCGGUUAGAUCAACCGAAUAUUCGAUAACUUUGCUUUAAGGGUAGUGGAAGCAAAGUAGGGUAAUAGCAAGUUGUCUAUUGAGCUUCAAUUAUGGCAAAUUGUGGAUAAUUAAAUCUUUGUUUUUUG